UGCUUCUUCUUGAGAGCGGAUUGUAAACACACGGCUAUGGCUGCUGAGAGGGGCGGAGGCGACAACGACGUUAACGACGAAAUGGGGAACCAACUACAGCUCCUGCCAGAAAAUGAAGAGGAAGAGGAGGAUAUCAUGGAGACCGAGGAUCGAGAUGGUGAGGAUGCAGAAAAGCCAAGUAUUAUAAACUUUGACACAAGUCUGCCAACUUCACACGCUUAUCUGGGCUUAGACAUGGAGGAGUUUCACGGCCGUACCCUGCAUGAUGAGGACAGUGUGCAGAAUCUGCCAGUUCUUCCCCACGUCGCUCUCAUUCUGAUCCCAGGUCAGACGCUGCCCUUGCAGCUUUUUCGACCACAGGAGGUCAGCAUGUUCCGCAACCUCAUAAGCCAAGACCGCACGUUUGCCGUGCUUGCACAAAGUCCUGAUGGGAGUGGAGCAGAGAUAAAGGCAGAGUUUGGGACGACGGCAGAGAUCUAUGCAUUUCGUGAGGAACAGGAGUACGGCAUCGAGACAGUGAAGAUCAAAGCUAUUGGACGGCAACGCUUCAGAGUGCAUGAAAUUCGCACACAAGCAGAUGGGAUUCGUCAGGCAAAAGUACAGAUUUUAUCGGAAAGGAUUCUGCCAGACCCUUUAUGUGCACUGCAAUUCCUGCCCUGCUUGCAAACCAGCACUCCACAGACCAAAUGCUCACAAACAACACCACAGCAGGACCGGUGCAGCCAGACCUACAGACAGAAGAAACUCCAUUGUGCUGGUAUGACCUCAUGGCCUCCCUGGGUGUAUGCCCUAUAUGACUCUAAAACUCUCAUGAGCAGAGUAAAGAAACAACUCCAUGAAUGGGAUGAAAACCUCAAUGACGAGUCCCUGCCUACAAAUCCCACAGAUUUCUCAUACAGGGUGGCCGCAUGUCUACCAAUAGAUGAUGCUCUACGACUUCAGCUACUGAAGAUUGGCAGUGCCAUCCAGAGACUGCGCUGUGAGUUGGACAUCAUGGACAGGUGCACCUCUCUCUGCUGUAAACAGUGUCAGGAGACAGAGAUAACCAGCAAGAAUGAGAUCUUCAGUCUGUCUCUGUAUGGGCCAAUGGCAGCAUAUGUGAAUCCGCAUGGUUAUGUUCAUGAGACACUUACGGUCUACAAGGCCAACAACCUCAACUUGAUUGGACGGCCUUCCACACUGCAUAGUUGGUUUCCAGGGUAUGCGUGGACAAUUGCUCAGUGCAGAACCUGCGGCUCUCACAUGGGCUGGAAGUUCUCAGCAGUAAAAAAGGACCUGAGUCCACCUCGAUUCUGGGGUUUGACUCGUUCUGCCCUGUUACCGACAAUCCCACAAGGCGAGGAGGGUGUCAAGGGGUCACGCUUGCUGUGCCUGUGAUGUGAUCCGACGAUUACUUGUGACCUUUAACCCAAGAGCUCAUAAGCAUAUGCUCCCCGAGGGGUCUCCUCUAUCACCCCAAAAACAUGAGACUCCAAACCACACCUAGAGAGAGAGAGAAAGUGUGUUUGUGAGUUUAUAUGUGUAGAUGUGUGCAUGAACAGGGAGAGGAAUGAAAAAGGGGACAGUGAUCCAUAAGAUACAGAAGUAGAAAGAAAAACAGAAUUUAAGUUGUUGCCUUCACACACCUUGUGCUGUGUAAAUUACAGGCUGACACGUGCAAUAUCAUACCGUAUUAGUUCUUUAAGAUUACAGUCUGUUGUAAUGCACUUAAUUUACAGUCUAAGCAGUCUUCAUCAUUACUACUAGAUGACAGUUGAUGAUCUUUAAGCAAGAUCUUGUUUGGAUGUUCAUGAAAUAAGUACUGUGUUAAAAUAGGGACAAAUCUCUUACACCAUCUCAUUUAGUCUGACAAAAAGUCUUUCAUGGCCUCAUUUAUUGACAUAAUCAAUCAUGUAGAAUACAUCUAAGCUUCAAAACAAGAUCUAAACUGCUUAAAAUGAAAUAAUUCUCCACAUGCUUGGCACACAACACCUGGCUAAAAUUGUCAGAUUGUGAAGAAUAAAGGAAAUAUCAGGGAGUUACCCUUUAUGUUAUUCUCAAAAACUAUUUUGUAUUUCUCAGUUUUUUUUUCUGUUUUACCUUUUCCUUUGUCAUUUGAUUAUGUGGAGACCAUUAAAUUUAAUAAUAGUUUGAUGUAUAUUUUGAAAAGCCAAAAACAUGUGUGUGUCCAGAAUGAAAAUAGCGUUGGACAAACUAUUCUCCUCUGAUAACGUCCUAAAAAUGUAAAUAUUCUGUUCACAUGUUCAUUAAAUGGAUAUACAGACAAUCGGCACACACAUGGAUAUUCUACACCAGUUACAUACAAAAACACUGACUUGCAUAUCUGUAAUGUUCAAUACGUAACAUACUGUUCAGUUCAAAUAAAUUCUCACCAAUAAACCACAUCUGAAAAGUCA